GGACGGAGAAAGAAGAGAAAAAAUUGGUGCGAAAAGUAUGUCAUUGAUCGUCUCUCAUCCAUAUGUUGUGAUGUCGCUGACGUCUACUCUCCCGUAUUCAGCUUGAUUAUAGGAUCUGUUCCUGGGUUUGUCUAAUGUUUUUCGCACUACAACUCGAUCGCGGAAACAUAUCCCAGGCUCUCAGUGACGGGCUUUUAGACGAUCUUGGGCUAUCAACAAACCAGUACAACUAUGGCAUGAUGAUAUUCUACCUCUGCUUCUUAUCAGCCGAAGUACCGUCGCAGAUGAUCUCGAAAAAGCUAGGACCCGACGUUUGGAUCCCGAUACAAAUGGUCACUUGGAGCGUUAUUGGCAUCUGCCAAGCUUUGAUAGUUGACGAGAAAAGCUUCUAUGCCACCCGUGCUCUUCUUGGCCUAGUAGAGGGUGGGUUCAUUCCAGAUGCCCUGCUAUACCUUUCAUACUUCUACACCAAUAAAGAGCUCCCGAUCCGGGUGGGCUAUUUUUACUGUUCAUCGCACUUCACCUUCAUCAUUGCUGCUUUUCUGGCCUACGGAAUCUUGCAUAUGAAGAUGAUUGGAGGCUGGGAGGGCUGGCGGUGGUUGUUUGCCUUGGAGGGUGCUUUGACGGCCAUCAUCGGCAUCCUUUCCUGGUUCUACUUGCCACCAAGCCCGACACAAACUGCAAGCUGGUUUCGUGGUAGAGAUGGUUGGUUUGAUGAGAGGGAGGAGGUUAUCAUGGUUAAUCGAGUGCUACGAGACGACCCAGGCAAGGGUGGUAUGCACAACCGUCAAGGCCUGAAUCUGAAGCUGCUCUGGGCUUCCCUCAUGGACUACGAUUUGUGGCCAUUAUACGCAAUCAGUUUUACCAUGCUCAUUCCCACCAACCCUGUAUCGGCAUACCUAACGCUGAAUUUAAAGUCUCUUGGGUUCGACACGUUCGAGACCAACCUUUUGACCAUCCCGGCAUAUGUCCUGUUUUUGAUCCAACUGAUCUUCUGGUCCUGGCUCUCGGAGAAAAUCAACAACCGAAUGGCAAUUGUCAUGUUCUACUCAGUCUGGUGUCUACCUCUCCUACUUGCCUUGGAGCUGUUGCCGUCAUCCGCUAGUCCGUGGAGCUGGUACACGGUGACUAUCAUGCUGAUUGGGUUUCCAUACAUCCAUUCCAUUAAUGGUACGACGAUCCUCUCAUCCCCACCCCCUAGGUCUAGACCUGGGUAUAUAAGCAGAAUUGUCUAACCACACUACGCCACAAUAGUUAGUCUUACUUCUCGGAACGCCGGAUCCGUGCGCACAAGGACAGUGGGCAGCGCACUAUACAACAUGAUCUGCCAAGCGAGCUCGAUCA